GUCUUGUCCGAGCGGGGUUGUCUGACACACAGCUGCCAACCAUGUAACGGCGCCGGCUUGGGGGACUCGAGAUGGAACGGUAUAGAAAGUUCAACCCUGCUCUAAUGCAACAUGGCGACGUUGCCGAUGGAGCACGCUGCCCGGGCACCCAGUGUUGAUCAAUCCUCCCCGUUGGGUCCAUGUCUCUGGGCUUUCCCAAUUAUGGAGCUGACGAGACAGCGAGAGACCGGGCCUAUUUAAAGCGCGACGGCCACUGGCUGAUGAUGUCCAGGGCUUUUCCACCUCGCGUUCUCUCCUCCAGUGACUACCUAGUCAGCAGUCAAGAGCGAGCAAUAGUACCAACUUCGCACACACGGCCAUGCCCCACCGAACAGUUCAUCAGCUCCACCCCUUCGGUUGGGAGAACGAUCCGGAGGAGGAGCGGUUUAAAGUAACAACCCUCGAUUACCUGACGGCCUGCACUUACAACAAUUACGCCCUAUUCUUCCGGCUCGACGAUGUGGACAAGGAGAAGGCUGCAGCAACGCUGAAGACGGGCCUCGAGCGGACACUUAGCCAAGCCCGCCACUAUGUUGGAACCAUUGAAAAGGAUCCCGAGGGUGGCCAUUCAUUCGUCAAGAGGAAGGGCAGUACUGUGCGCUUCGUGGUACAGUGGCUGGACGCGCCCGAGGAGAGCACCAAGUACCCGUCCAUUGAUGAUGUCGAGACGGCCAACUACAGCGCCGUGGUGCUCGGCAAUCUGGAAACUUGGAGCGUACCGCCCAUGACAUACGGCGAGAAACCCGAGGCUCACCCCGACAGCCACCCAGUGGUGUCGGCAUUCCAAGCCAACUUUGUGCGCGGCGGGCUUGUCCUGAAUAUGCACCACCACCACUACGCCAACGACGUGAUGGGAUGGUCCGGCUUUACCCACCAGCUGGCCGAGAAUUGCAGGGCUGCACUCAACAACACGCCGUUCCCUACUUGGGACCCUAUUUGUCUUGAUCUCUCACGCUUGAUCAAGAAGGAGGUGGCGGACGAGGUCAAAGUGGACGGUCCACCCCAAGCCGAACGUCAUCCCGAUCACAAAGUCGCCCAGUUACUGCUCUUUCACCUACCCAAGAGCAAGGCCGCCGAGCUCAAGACACUGGCGGCACCCACCGACGGCUCGUGGAUCUCGACGUAUGACGCUUUCUCGGCCUUCCUCUGGCGUACACUGACGCGGCUGCGCGCCCCCGUCUUCAAACCGGAGCCUUCGUCGCACAUCUUCUGGGCUGAGGCUAUUGACAUGCGUCGGCGCAUGCACAGCCCCAAGGUGCACCCGCGCAUCCAGCACAACGUCAUGUUUGCGGCCCUGUCAACCACGGCACCUAUACAGCAGCUUACCGCCGACGAGAUCCUACACGCGCCGCUGUCGACGCUCGCCUCAUACGUCCGGCGGAUGACCAACAGCGUCACGCAGGAAAGCUUGGACAAGACGCUCGACAUGGUGGCCAUGGUGCGCGACAAGACUAGCCUCAACAUCCGCAUCGAUUCGCACCCGCCCAUGUCCAUCCUGAUGACGGAUCAUCGCGACGCCAACAUCGUCUCGGCCGACUUUGGCUUCGCCACCCCUUUAACGUACCGUCACCUACUCGAUCGCGUCACGGAGGGCGUCAUCAUCAUUUACCCGACCCGCAAUAACGACCCGGAGUCGGACGAGGGCCCCGAGUUCUCCAUCGCCUAUGAGAAGCACCUGGCCCAUGACCUCAUCAACGACGCCGAGUUUAAGAAGUACUUCGAGUACAGGGGCGUCGACGCCGAGGAUGCUGGGAGCAUAGGUGCCAACGGUUCCUCCUGAGGAACUCGGUAAAGCCACCCCGGCAGCUGUCGUUACCGAGGUAUCGAGCACGUGAGGGAAUUUGUGCUCAUAUAGAGUAGAGUACCUAGACAUAACAACGCCCAGUUGCUAA